AUGAAUUUUUUUUCAAACAAACCCAAUAUAAGGAGCACGAAAUCUGAAGUCAUCCACAAAGCAAACAACAAUAAUGUCAGCAGCAACAAUGUCAGCAGCAACAAUGUCAGCAGCAACAAUGUCAGCGGCAACAAUGUCAGCGGCAACAGUGUCAGCGGCAACAGUGUCAGCGGCAACAGUGUCAGCGGUAACCGUGUUGGGGGAAACCAUCCCAGCAGCAACCAGGUCGGCAGCCACCAUACGGGCAGUUACAACGUAGGCCAUAACGGAAAAAUGCAAAAUGAUGCGGGCAGUGGGAAUUUUCUACUUGAAGAUAGCAACAGCUUCGCGUACUCCAACUGUGACGCGGAUAAAAGUUCAGAAAUCCACUACAGUAACAAAGCGUACGACCCGCAGUAUAGCAUGUACAUGAAUAAAGUAGCAAACGGGGUGAGGUCUACAAGAAACCACACUUCUUCCCACAGAAUAUGUUCCCCCAGAUCGCAAUCCAUCAAUCUGUUCGCUCCAAAAGUGAAUAGGACAUCCAACAUAUCGACAAAUUUUGAUGACAGAAUGUCGUACAUUUCAUUUUACACCAAUAACAAAAAAAAACUCAACAAAACGUCCAUCCUGGAGUCUAAUGAUAGCUUCAAAACGCAGGCCAAUUCGCAGAUCGUCGAGCAAUCCCUAGACUUACUUAAACAUCUAGUCAAUCAGGAAAAUAGGGAGCAUUAUUUAUCCGUGCAAGAAAAUGAUAAAAAAAAUAAAUUAAUAUUAAAACUAAUCGAUCAAGCUAAAAGAAAUGAUGAAAAAGCAGAAUUGUCGCAAACAGAAUGUGCUAGUAAUAAUUCCAUUGAUAAUUACCAAAAAAGAAUGGACAUGCUACAUUUAAAAUUUAUGAAAUUAAAAAAUGAAUAUUCCCAUCUUAACAACGAAAAUGUUAUUCUAAAAAAACAGAUAAGGAAUAUAAAAGACAAUUAUCACAUGAUGAAUCCGAAAAGUGCUACCGUGUCCUUUCCCCGGGGACCCAUACAGGAGGAGGCGCUUCGAAGUAAUGAUAGCGGGAACAGCAGCAACAUGAGCAACAUCGGCAACAUGGGCAACAUGGGAAACAUCGGCCACAUGAGCAACAUCGGCAACAUCGGCAACAUCGGCAACAUCGGCAACAUCGGCAACGUUAAUAAUGAACAGAAGAUGAGACAGCAACAGGGGGGAAGAAUAAUGUUAAACAAAACGACAAGUAUUAACAGCAUACAGCCACCUGUGAUUCCCCCAUUUGAAAAAAAAAAAUUAGUAGACUGUCAAGUACAAACUGAAUGCACCCUAAUGAGCCCUUUACCAGAGAGACCCGAUAAUACCAAAGUGGGAGGUUCCAAUUCAACCGUCAACAUGAAUGGGAACAAUUUCAAUUCCAAUUUGUUAAAUGAUAAUUAUCUUAGCAAAUUACGAGAACAAAUCAGAAACGAAGUUACACAAGAAAUCACAAACAAGUUAGAACAAAAAUACAAAGACGAAUUGCUCAUGUUGAGACAGACCAUAGAGAAUAACAAAAUGAAUAAUCAAAAUCGCGCUGAAGAAAUUUCCAUUGAUAACCUUAUCAAUAAUACUAAGCAUAAACUGGAUGAACAAAUAAAUGAGACAAUUAACAAGUAUAAAAAUUCCCUUUUCGAUCACUUUAAGGAAUUAAUAAAUGCAGCUAGCGAGCGGGGGAAAAGUACAGUUCAGAUGGAAUGCAAAGGGGAUGGAAGUGUUAAUGAAAAGGUGAGCAUUGGUGUAGAUAAUUUUGCUUCCCUCUCCGUUAAUGACAAAAUUAAUGAAUGCAUAAGCUUAUUCGAAAGUAUUUCCCAGAAAAAAAUGAGCGCUAGAAAGGUAAAAGAGAAAGGGCUGGACAACAGUAGUAGCAUACUCAGCGCUCUUAAUAACAUAAACACAGACAUAAACGACAUUGACGAUAUGAUCAAUAACUUGCAUGCAAAUAUCGGACGGACUAAUUUUUCGGACGAUGCAGAGAGCUGCCCAGGAGAACUGGAUCUUUUGGGGAAGGCCACCUCCGUUAGUGACGAUUUAGAGUUGGAGGAAGAGGCCAGUCGUAGAUCAUUAAAUGGAGAGCUUGAGUGUGCCGGAGGAGAAGGUGAACUGAAGGAGGAAGUUACCACCGGCAGGGAUAAGGCGAGAAAAGCUCCUAAAAGGAGAGACAAAAUUGGGGAUAACACUCACGGUCCAAUGUCCGUUCGUAGUGAUGGCCCCGCAUCGGUUCGUAGUGAUGGCCCCGCAUCGGUUCAUAGCGAUGGUGGCAGAUCGAAGCGCAAGGGAAGAAAUAGCACCGAGGGAGAUCCGUCCCACAGGAGUAACUUCCACGUCGAUAGCCCCCCACCCGAUGACAAAAUUGACGUGAUGGGAAAUAUGACAAUGGAGAUUAAUCCAUAUUUGGAUGAGACAGCCGAGGGUGGAGAAGAACGUUCGAGCGAGGUAAGAAGUAAAAAUGUGAAUAUUAUUAUGCAUCAUUCGGAGAGUGGCAUGGUAAAUGGUAAUAAUAUCGACGUUCAUUCCAAUGUGCAUUGCAACGUGCACGUGGAUCAUAACGCGGAGGGGGAGGCAAAUGGCCACUUCAUCCAAACUCCCCAAGGUGCCUACAAUACCAGGCACACUGUAGGAGGUAUGGCAGAACAGAGUUUUAAUAAUGAGCAGAUGCUUGAUAGAGAGGAAAGCCCUCAUAACUUAGCACCGAAUGAUAACAACGCGUAUGACUAUCCUAAUGGGGACUUCACAAAAGGGAAAGACAACGAAGCUAUAUCCCCACAAUCGCCUGAUGACAAAAACAAAGAUAGCAAAAACCUAAGUGACAAUUUCGGCAAUGACACAGAAUUGUGGUCCAAAAAUGAAAAUGAUGAGAAGAAUGUUAAAGGCACCCCCAAUGAGGAAAACUUUUACAACAGUACCAACGGUACCAAAGCGAAUAACACCUUGUCCAAUAAUGUGCAAAUUGAGGAGGGAGAAAUAGACGUCAUAACGAAUGGUGUAAAUGAUGUCAAGCAGAUUGAAAUCCACAGUGAUGCACAUAAAUUUGCAAGUACCGGUUAUCCAACUGACCAACCGUUUAUGCACCAGUCAGGAGAUGGAAACGGAGAGAAGGCUCCAAAAAGUGCAUGCAACGUGAAUAAGGGAGACGAAGAAUUCCAUCACGACAAUGUGAGUGGAAUGAUGAAUAACGCUUUGGCAGUAAAUCGUACCAGCCAUCACUAUGGAGGAUACACCCCCCACAGUAAUAACGAUAACCAUUUCGACGGUAAGGAAAAAUUUAACCACCCUGAAAGCAACCCCUAUGAUGGUAGCACCAGUAGAGCUCAAAUGAACCCAUUUAACCACAAAAAUGAUGAAAAUUUAGAAACUAAUAACACGUAUAAUAGUGCAUCGAAUGGAAAUAAUCUCUACAUGUAUCAAAGUAAUAACGAAACAAAAAAUGGACCUAAUUACAAUGCCAAGGGUGACUAUGCAGUUAACAGCUCUGUAUAUUCGUACAACACUGCUGCUAAUAACAAAACGGAUUUUCUCUCACCAAGCGAAGAAAGAUAUGAGGAGAAGCCAUUUUAUAGGGAAGAAAAUAUCAGAACACAUAUUAUGAACAAUAAUGGGGAGGUCUAUCGAAAUGAUAACUUCCUAUUUAUAGAAAAUAAUAAUAACUCUUUUGCAAAACCAGCAGGGACUUAUCAAAAUAACCAAAAUGCAAACUUCGUUAAUUUUUACCAAAACGAUGUGGAUGGUAAUAAAGUAAACAGCGGAUUGAAUCGUGCAGACAAAGUGAAUAACCAGUACGAUUUUUUUUACAAUUUGGGCGAGUCCAAUGGGGCAAGUCAGCAAUACACCCCUUGGGGCCAUCAAAACAGCAAGACCGCUUGCAUAAACAGCUACAACGGGGAAGGCCAGUUUGGCGAAACGGCUGAGAGAAGUCCUCCAAAUUAUUACAGCAAAACGGCCAACAUAAAACGAGUAAAUAGCAGUGCAAUAAAUACAAUCAAGAACUCCACCAGUGAUUUGUCGCAGAAUGGCCAAGUCAAAUUAUCCACGAAGAGCGAAGUGCACUAUAACUCAUUCAAGGCACAAAAAAAUAAAACAAAAAAAAAUUUAGAAGACCUUUUUGCCUAG